CACACCAUAAAAUUCCACUAUCAUCAAGAAUCCCCCCCUUCCAAAAAAAAAAAAAAUCUAUUCUUCUAAUAAUAAUAAUAAAACACACAAUUUAUAUGAUAAUGACCCAAUCUCUCACUCUCAUUGCAGAUCUCACAAUGGCGGAGCACCCGGCCCUGGUACCUCUCCCCCAGUCGGAAAACCUGGAUGACUAUGCUGACGGAGUGACUUACCAAGACAACGCUACUUUCACGAACUCUACGGAUUUCGAUGACAUCUUACAUCUUAUCAUCGAUGACCCGAAUGACCUCAGGUGGCCGUGGAAGACCAUUCCGUUCUUCUAUCUGUACAUAACGACCUACGUCACCACGCUGUUCUUCGGUAUAAUGGGCAACGUCGCCGUGAUCGUUUUAAUGGCUGGUGAUCGCAAAUCUCGCAACACAACCAACAUGUUCCUCGUCUCCCUCUCCAUGGCUGACCUGCUCAUGCUAGUCCUCUGCGUGCCUCUGGAAACCGUCUACUUCUUCGUUGUGUUGUGGGAUUCAGGAGGUGCCGCCUGCAAGAUGGCAAAUUAUUUUAUGACUCUCUCCUUCACUGCAAGUGUUCUUAACCUCACUGCGGUUAGUCUUGAGAGAUUCAUCGUGAUCGUGUUCCCGAUGAGGUCACGUUCCCUCUGCACGAUGAGUAACUGUCGACGCUCAGUUCUAUUCGUGUGGUUCAUUUCCCUGCUGCUGGCCUGUCCUGUCUUCUGGGUUAUGGAACUGGACACAGUGAACUACACCAACUCCUCCCGCACCGUCUGGUUCACGGCCUACUACUGCAAGCGUAUGAGUUCCCUCGUAUUCCUCACGUACCAGCUUCUCGUCCUUUUCGUGGUACCUGCCAUUCUCAUGAUCGUCUUCUACACGGUCGUUAUCAGGGAACUCUGGAGGUCGACGAAGAAUAUCAAGGCUCUUACCAACGCAAAUAGGAGCGGUUCCUCCGGUGCCGAAAGCUAUUACCUCAAGGUCACGGGAGGAGACGCCCUCGGAGCCGGCCGUGCCAUGGGCGCUGUGGGCGUGAGGAAUGGGCGUAUGGGCGGCGGCGACUCGGCCUAUAACAGCUCCGCCUCGCUCUACGUCCCUUAUGCUGCUAACAGGUCCCGCACGCCCUCUCCUGGUGGGCGUGUCAAGCGUCACCGUGAGAAGGGCGAGGAUGUCAAGAAGGCCAGGAAGCAGGUAAUCAAGAUGCUUAUCGUGGUGGUGGUUCUGUUCCUGCUGUGUUGGGGCCCGAAGCUCGUCAUGCAGAUGUGCAUUACCCUUGGACUGCGGCAGUUUAAUCAGGUGUUCUACAACUUCAACAUCGUGUUCGUCUUGCUCCCCUUCAUCCACUGCUGCAUCAACCCGAUCAUCUACUGCUUCAUGUCCAAAAACUUCCGCCGGUCCAUGAAACGCAUGUUUGGCAGCCCGUGGCGCUCCUGCCAACGCCGAGGCUGCUGCCCGACCCGCCGCCCACCGCCUGCCAACCUCCUGAACAGGGUUGUUACUCGAAGCAUUUACUCGUCCUACUCUCCCGAGGGAACGUCCCGCCACACCGACCUGGAGACGGUCUCGACCAUGUAAGCGCGUAAGGGAAGAGAAGGAGAUGAUGAUGAUGAUGAUGAUGAGACAUAAAGAAGGAGGUUAAGAUGAGGAAUGAGGUUAAUCAUUAGGAGAAGAAUGACAGCUCUUCCGCUUUUGAGAAAGAGGAAGGGGUUAUGAAGCGGCCCGAAGUCACGUGAUGAAAAAUGGCGGACGGCAUUCGAGUCUAAAAGGAAUGUUGGAAAAGCGAUGACCUAAUCCUCCUCAAAUCUCUCUUUCAGUUAAAGAUAGUCCAUCCUGCCAACAAAGAUGUCCCUUGAAACGGACAGACUGACAACUUUGUUCUCCAUUGGUGGAUCUGCCAACUGCUGCGGUCAAAAUGGCUGUCAAAUAUUGGCCACAGGAGCUGGUAAACGUUACUCCCGUUGAGCACGGAAGCUGCACAGACGGAAGGCGGCGUUGCGAGGUGUUCGAGCUUUUCGUUGAUGGAAGCG